ACACAGUUGGGGAGGAGGGCGUGGCUUCCGGCGUUUGGCUGGGCCUUUGUCUCUGGCUCGGGCCGGAGCCUGGGAUCCAUCUCUACUCUUCCGCGUGUUGCCCCUCGGGAGCCCUCGGUGACUUUGUCACAGCUUUUGUUGCCGUGAGAUCUGCAGGUACUGGAAGAUGCAUAGCUAAGACGCCAGGACAUCCUGGAAACUGGGAAAUGUUUGUCUGCAUCUUGUUAUUGGGCCACAAGAACACACAGCCAGACCCAGUUUGGUCCAGGAACAACAUUUGGCAAGCUAGCCAAGAGUCCCUGAAAUGGUGCUGCACUCAGUGACCCGUGAUUGUGGCGAGAUGAUUAUUUGGAGACUCCCAGAAGCUGCUGGAUAAGAUAGACCUGGGGAUUCUCCCAGGGGCUAUCCCAUGUACAAAAACCACAUGUCCCUCUCACCACUGGGGAGGAAUGGUGAUCAGGCAGGAGCGGAUGCACUCAUAGGCUUUGCCUCCUCGCUCUUCUUUAAGAGGAUGGAUUUUUCUUCUGCCCUGUGCUCCACACCUGGCUGCCUGUUUAAAAAACCAGAAGCCGGCUGGGCGCUGUGGCUCACGCCUGUAAUCCCAGCACUUUGGAGGCCAAGGGUCACCGAUGUGAACCUGUUACCAGCAGGAACUUGGAGCUUCACAACUAAGACGCCAGGAUCCCCUGGAAGCCUAGAAAUGGGACCACUGACAUUUAGGGAUGUGAAAAUAGAAUUCUCUCUGGAGGAAUGGCAAUGCCUGGACACUGCACAGCGGAAUUUGUAUAGAGAUGUGAUGUUAGAGAACUACAGAAACCUGGUCUUCCUUGGUAUUGCUGUCUCUAAGCCAGACCUGAUCACCUGGCUGGAGCAAGGAAAAGAACCCUGGAAUAUGAAGAGACGUGAGAUGGUAGACAAAACCCCAGUUAUGUGUUCUCAUUUUACCCAAGAUGUUUGGCCAGAGCAGAGCAUAAAAGAUUCUUUCCAAAAAGUGAUACUGAGAACAUGUGGAAAGUAUGGACAUGAGAAUUUACAGCUAAGAAAAGACCAUAAAAGCGUGGAUGCGUGUAAGGUGUACAGAGGAGGUUAUAAUGGACUUAACCAAUGUUUGACAACUACUGAGAGCAAAAUAUUUCAGUGUGAUAAAUAUGUGAAAGUCUUUCAUAAAUUUUCAAAUGUAAAUAGAAGUAAGAUAAGACAUACUGGAAAGAAACCUUUCAAAUGUAAAAACCGUGGCAAAUCAUUUUGCAUGCUUUCACAAUUAACUCAACAUAAGAAAAUUCAUACUAGAGAGUAUUCUUACAAAUGUGAAGAAUGUGGUAAGGCCUUUAACUGGUCCUCAACACUUACUAAACAUAAGAUAAUUCAUACUGGAGAAAAACCCUACAAUGAGAUAAGACAUACUGGAAAGAAACCUUUCAAAUGUAAAAACCGUGGCAAAUCAUUUUGCAUGCUUUCACAAUUAACUCAACAUAAGAAAAUUCAUACUAGAGAAAAACCCUACAAAUGUGAAGAAUGUGGCAAAGCUUUUAAUCGGUCCUCAAAUCUUACUAAACAUAAGAUAAUUCAUACGAGAAAACCCUACAAAUGUGAAGAUAAAAAAGCUUUUAACCGGUCCUCAACCUCAGCUAAACAUGGGUAAUUAUAUACAGAGAAACCCAAAUGUAGCAAUGUGUAAAAGGCCUUUAACCAUUCUAUCUUUAAUAAACAUAAGAGAAUUCAUAUGGAAGAUAAACCCUACAAAUGUGAAGAAUGUGGCAAAGCCUUUAGAGUAUUCUCAAUUCUUAAAAAACAUAAGAUAAUUCAUACUGGAGAAAAACCGUUCAAAUGUGAAGAAUGUGGCAAAGCCUUUAACCAGUUCUCAAACCUUACUAAACAUAAGAUAAUUCAUACUGGAGAGAAACCCUACAAAUGUGAUGAAUGUGGCAAAGCCUUUAACCAGUCCUCAACCCUUACUAAACAUAAAAGAAUUCAUACUGGAGAAAAACCCUACAAAUGUGAAGAAUGUGGCAAAGCUUUUAAACAGUCCUCAACCCUUACUGAACAUAAGAUAAUUCAUACUGGAGAGAAACCCUACAAAUGUGAAGAAUGUGGCAAGGCCUUUAGCUGGUCCUCAGCUUUUACUAAACAUAAGAGAAAUCAUAUGGAAGAUAAACCAUACAAAUGUGAAGAAUGUGGCAAAGCCUUUAGUGUAUUCUCAACCCUUACUAAACAUAAAAUAAUUCAUACUAGAGAAAAACCCUACAAAUGUGAAGAAUGUGGCAAAGCCUUUAACCAGUCCUCAAUUUUUACUAAACAUAAGAUAAAUCAUACUGAAGGGAAAUCCUACAAAUGUGAAAAAUGUGGCAAUGCUUUUAACCAGUCCUCAAACCUUACUGCACAUAAAAUAGUUUAUACUGGAGAGAAACCCUACAAAUAUGAAGAACGUGACAAAGCCUUUAACAACUUCUCAACCCUUAUUACACAUCAGAUAAUUUAUACUGGAGAGAAACCCUACAAACAUGAAUGUGGCAGAGCCUUUAACAAAUCCUCAAAUUAUACUAAAGAGAAACUACAAACCUGAAAGAUGUGAGAGUGAUUUUGACUACAUCUCAAACUUUUCUAAACAUAAACCAUACUGGUGCCCUAGAAAUGUGAGGAAUGCGACAAAGCCUUUAAAUGGUUGUCACACUUGAUUGUAGGUAAGAUAAUUUAUAAUGGAGAAAAAUCCUACAAGUAUGAAGAAUGUGGCACUUUUAACCAAUCCUCAUACCUAAUUGCACAGGAAAGCAUUUAUACUUGAGAAAAAUUCUAUAAAGAAUAUGGAAAAGCCAUUUAUAUCUGCUCACAUCUGAACAUCAGAGAGUUCAUACUUAAUAAAAUGCAGUUACUGUCAAAAGAUCUUUCAGAAAAUAUAAGCCUUUAACAUGAGGAAGAGUAUUCUUAAGACAAACAUUGCAAAUAGAGGGUUGUAGUACCUUUACUUUUGUGAUAGAUCUUACUGUACACAUUUUGUACCAGAGGAAAACCCUAAAGCAUUAGUUGCUCAAACUGUUCAACAUCAGGGAGUUUAUAUUGGAGAAAAACCCUGCAAAUGUAAUAAAUACGGAAAAACAUUUUUUUCAAAAACUACAGCUUGGAAAACAGUUCAUUCUAAAAUAUAUUUUUGCAGAUGCAGUAAAUAUGAAAAAUAUUUAAUCCAAAAUUAAGUCUAUGUAAAUAUCAGAGAAUUCACAGUGGAAAUCAUAAGGCAUGAGGCACUGACACUUCAGACGUUACACUAAAUUAGAGUGUUGAGUAUAGGAAAUUCAAAACUAGAAUUGUUAGAUAAGUUAUUUAUAUAUAACUUUAAAAGACGUGGAAGAUUUUUUGGAGAUUUAUAAUUACAUUCAAAGUAUACUUUUUUCUUGAAAAAAAUUACAGAUUUUUUGAAAAGCAAUUAAUGUAAUUUAACUCUCAAAUUCAUGUUUUUCUUUAUUCCUAUUGUAUUCACAUGUGAAAUCAAGUGAUCAGUUGUUGCUGAAUCAGAGCUAUGAGAGAUUCUUUUUUAAAGGUGGGCAUUAUUUAUGCCCCUUUCUAUGGAAGAGUAAGAAAAUUAAAAUAUAAGAUGCAUGAGGAAAAUGUAGAGAUGCUCUUUGUGGUUAACUUAGAAUAUUAAGUGCUGCUUGAGGUACAUGUUUAGACUAAUAUUCUUUUGCAGUAUAGUGAGAAAACAUUUUCAGUUAAAAUUAGUGUAUCAUUUUGUUGAUUGUGCUUUUAUGUAAUAAAAUGCAGUACU